AUGGCGGAUAAGAUAGCGCAGCUUGAGCAGACGAUCAAAGACCUUCAGAACAAGAAUGGAACCAGCACGGCACCUUGUCAAGCUGGCGCGGCAGAAAGCGCGAUAGUGCCAACGCUCAUAGAGCCUCUUCCGACCAUUGAGGUUGCGGAUGGCAACAUGUAUCCCACUCGGUCGUUUUACGACACUACAUCCGCGGUCCAUGAUCCUGGGGAUACGCCAUCGCAAGCAACAACGGGUCAAAUCACUGUCGCACAUAGCCCCGAAACACGUCAGCCUCUACCCAUGGAAACACCUGAGUUAAAGUUCUGGGAGGAUCAAGCCGUCGAGAGCGCAGCAGUUUAUCUCACCAUUCCAGAGGAAGUGAUUCGACGUCUUUUCGCGACGCAUUGGAC